CAAAGCAGUCCUUCUCAUUCCGUUUACUUGACUUUCUUCUUCACUGUACCGCUAAUCUCGCCCGCCCACCCACUCCACCACCACAUUUCUCUCAUAUAAUAAUGUCCAAAAGCCAGCAUUAACAAUUGCCACCGCAUCACAAUGUCCCUCGGCCACCACCACCUCCUCCUCCUCCUCUUCCUCAUCCCCAUCCCCACCGCCAUUUCUGUCUCGUACCCCUUCAACUACACUAUACACAUUGAUUGUGGUGGCCUAGUCAACUCUACUGAUGCGUUCAAGACUACGUGGGUAUCCGACCGUUACUACUCCGGCGGCGCCACUGCUAUCGUCUCCGAGCCCCUUCACUUCCUGCACGAGCAGGAGAAGACUCUUCGUUACUUCCCAGUUUCUUCUGGCAAGAAGAAUUGCUACACCAUCCCAGCUGGCGUCGGCCGCUACUUCCUCCGGACCUUCAUUGUUUAUGACAAUUUCGAUGGCAAGUCCCACUCGCCUUCUUUUGACAUCUCCGUCGAGGGUACUUUAGUCUUUUCUUGGCGCUCCCCGUGGCCCGAAUCUGUUUCUCGCUCCGGCGCUUACUCAGAUCUCUUCUUUUACUUGAAUGAUUCCGAGGCCGAUAUAUGUUUUUACAGCAUUGCCACUGAUUCUCCGGUUGUCGGGUCCCUGCAAUUAACCCAAAUUGACCCAAAUGCUUACCCUUUUGACUAUACCAGUAAUUCCAGCAAUUACAUAUUGGUGAAUUAUGGCAGGUUCUCAUCCGGGUCGGAUCAAUGGGGCCCCGGGUUCAGCAACGACACAGAUUUUUUUGGCCGGUCUUGGCAAUCCGGUGCCGACUUCCGAGUAGGAUCCGUGGCUGUUGCUAGUGGGGCAACAAUCAAAGCCAUUUCUUCCAUAAAAAAUGUAGUAAACGUUGAAAGAAGUCCAAAUUAUUUCCCUGAAAAGCUGUAUCAGACCGCGUUGACUGUGUCGGGGGAUGGGCUUGGAGCACUAGAGUAUGAGUUGCCUGUGGAUGCCAAGCUGGAUUAUUUAUUGUGGUUCCAUUUUGCAGAGAUUGAUGUUAGUGUGAAUAAGGCUGGGCAGAGGGUGUUCGAUGUUUUUGUGAAUGGGGAGAACGUGAAUAGGGUGGACGUGUACAAGCAGGUAGGGGGAUUCGCCGCGUAUGAUUGGAGCUAUGUAGUGAAGAAUUUACGCACUACUACUCUGAGUGUGAGGCUAGAGGCAGUUGUGGGCGCGCCGAUCAUUUGUGGGCUCGAAAAUUAUGCAAUUGUGCCAGUUGAUCUCAAAACUUCUCCUGAUCAGGUCAUUGCCAUGAGAGCACUGAAGGAGUCACUUCGUGUUCCUGACAGAAUGGGUUGGAAUGGAGAUCCUUGUGCCCCCACUACAUGGGAUGCUUGGGAGGGAGUUACAUGUCAUUCCAUAAAUAAUGAAACUGUCCUCGUGGUAUCCAAAAUAGAUCUUGGUAGCCAAGGUUUGAAAGGGCAUAUUAGUGACCAAAUAGGUCUCUUGACGAAUUUGGUAAGCCUGAACUUGAGUUCUAACUCUCUAGGAGGAGAUCUGCCCUCAGGGUUGGGCCACAAGUCUCUUGUGAAGCUGGAUUUAUCAGAUAAUAAGUUUACUGGCAUUAUACCGGAUAGUCUGACUUCUUCCACUUUGCAGCUUGUGUUGUUAAAUAAUAACUUACUGGAAGGCCAAGUCCCAGAGGAACUUUAUUCGAUUGGGGUGCAUGGUGGUGCUAUUGAUCUUUCUGGCAACAAAGGCUUGUGUGGUGUACCAUCUUUGCCUGAUUGUCCACUAUUUUGGGGGAAAAAUGGCUUAUCUACUGGUGGCAAAGUUGCUAUCGGUCUUGCCUGUCUAUUUUUAUUAUCGGUGCUGCUGCUUGGGAUGUACUAUUGUUGUGUGUGGAGGAGGCGCAAUGACUAUGACUUUGGUCUACCUCAUGAACUAAUGUCUCUUGCUGCAAAGAGAAACAGAUAUCACAGGCAGAAAUCCUUGAUGACCCUUGAAAUGGAGAGUCAACACGCCAAAGGAUUUAUGCCAACUUACGGUUCAAAUUAAUUAGCAUUUUCUAGUAAAGGAGAACAAAAAUUUUGUUAGGGAUCAGCUCACCAAGACGUUGUAGAUAAGAACGUUGACUGUAUUGAUACGACGUGCACAGAAUACUGUGUUAAAGAGUAGCACCAUGGCUUGAGAGAAGAUAUGCCCUUCCUGGGAAUUUGGCUCCAAUCAAUUGUACGAGGAUGGUGGGGUCAUGGAAAACCAGUGUAUCUGUAGAGAAAAAUGAAUCUCAGUGUAUACAUGGAUAAAAGAACAUAAGGCAAUUUCCCUUGUAUUACUACCAGUUUUUUUCUUUUUAUACUUCUAGAUAAAUUCGAUUGAUUCUCAUAAUUGUGGUUGAGAUUCUAGACGGACCCAAAUUUGGAAUUGUUCUGGUGUCAAUAGUGUCACCAGGUACUCUUAUUCGGAUUUUAUAUCUAAACAGUUUUACAAUUGCA